AUGGGGGAUGACUUGGUGAAGGAUUGGGAAAAAUUGCGGUUAACUGAUGAAGAAGGUGUGGUGCUAGGGGGUGAUUGCAUAGAAAUUGUUAGUGACGAUACUAAAGCCAAAAUAAAUCUCACUCUCGUGGGAAAAUUAGGGACAGUUAAACCCUACAAUCUUGAAGCAAUGAAGAGAACGUUGGCGAAUGUAUGGAGGUUGAAAGAGAAAUUCGCAAUUAGGGUUGUUGAGACGAAUUUAUUCGUUUUUCAAUUCUUUUGUGAGGAUGAUAAGGAUCGGGUCCUUGAAGAGGUAAUUGGUGAUGAACAAGCGUCUGAAAUCGUCUUCAAGCAGACUCCCAUGUGGGUUAGAUUAUUAGACGUGCCUCUUAACAAACGAUCCCUGGAAGUAAUGUAUGAUGUGGGGGAGUUUUGGGGGGGGGGGGUUAUAGAAGUAGAUGAUUCUGAUCCUCUAGGGUGGAAUGAUUGUAUGCAUAUUAAAGUUCUAGUAGAUAUUAAUAAGCCUUUGCGUAGAGGACUAUUUCUAGCUACGGGGCAAAAUAAGUCUCGUUGGGUGGAUAUUAAGUAUGAGAGGCUUGCUGAGUUCUGCUUUUUCUGUGGUAGGCUAGAACACACAGAGAAAGAAUGCUAG